AUGCAGCUAGCUCUAUUCCUCUCACUCUUGCCAGCCGUGGCUCUUGCCAUUCCUGCUCCUGUCCUCCAGCCUCGUGUCGGUAGUCCCAUUCCUGGAAGGUACAUUGUCAAGCUGCGAAAUCAGAAUCUGCAAGCUCUCAUUGAAGGAGCCCUGAAGCUUCUCAAGACAGACCCUGCCCAUGUUUAUUCGUUUGGUAACUUCGGCGGGUUUGCCGCUGAAAUGAGUGACGAUAUCGUUCAACUUCUUCGUAUCUUCCCCGGUGUCGAGUACAUCGAGCAGGAUGCUGUCGUCAAAGCGAACCUCGGCGAGAUUGAGCAUCUCGAGAAGAAGGCAUACGUUACCCAAGCUUCUUCUACUUGGGGCCUUGCUCGUAUCUCCCACAAAGCCAGGGGUGCCACUUCCUACACCUAUGACAGCACUGCUGGAGCCAACACCUGUGUGUACGUCAUCGACACUGGCAUCUCCACCACUCACCCCGAGUUUGAGGGCCGUGCUACUUUCCUUGCCAACUAUGCUGGCGAUGGCUCCAACACCGAUGGUAACGGCCACGGUACUCACUGCGCUGGAACCGUUGGAUCCAAGACCUACGGUGUAGCCAAGAAGGCGAAACUCUUUGCCGUCAAGGUCCUUGACGCCUCUGGCUCGGGUACUAACUCCGGUGUCAUUGCCGGUAUCAACUUCGUUACCAACGACUCCAAGACCCGUGCUGGCUGUACUGCCGGUGUUAUCGGCAGCAUGUCUCUUGGUGGAACCAAGUCCACCGUUGUCAACUCUGCUGUUGCCAAUGCUGUCUCCGCUGGUGUCUUCAUGGCCGUUGCCGCUGGCAACGAGGCCCAGAAUACCGCUGACGUUUCGCCUGCCUCUGAGCCCACUGCGUUUACCGUCGGCGCCUCGGACAGCUCUGACAGGUUUGCUUCUUUCUCAAACUACGGCACUUUUGUUGACAUCAUUGCUCCUGGUGUUUCCAUCCUCUCCACCUGGUUGAACGGUGGUACUAACACCAUCUCUGGCACUUCAAUGGCUACACCCCACGUCGCUGGGCUUGCUGCCUACAUUCUUGGCUUCGAGGGCAAGAAGACCCCUGCUGCUCUUGCUUCCCGCCUACAGACUCUUGCUACGAAGAACGUCAUUACCGGCCUGCCUUCUGGCACCAAGAACUACCUUGCUUUCAACGGCAAUCCCAGCGGAUAA